UGUCUUGAGAAAAUGAAAAGCGCUAAGAAGCAUGCUGUCUCACAGAGUUCUUCUCUGGCUAUUGUCGAAGCAAAUCCUCCCGAGAACAAAAAAGUUGUCCCCAUUGAUGCACCGAUUGUAUCUUCUUACAAUGACCGGAUCAGGCCGUUGCUCGACACUGUUGACAGGCUCAGGAACCUUAACGUGAUGAAAGAAGGGAUCCAGCUUCCAACGAUUGUCGUUGUUGGAGACCAGUCUUCGGGGAAGUCGAGUGUGCUAGAGUCAUUGGCAGGGAUCAGCUUGCCUCGUGGACAAGGAAUCUGCACUAGGGUUCCUCUUGUGAUGAGACUCCAGAAAAGUUCUAGCCCUGAACCUGAGAUCUGGCUAGAGUAUGGUUACAAGGUUGUUCACACGGAUGAGGAACACAUUGCUGAAGCUAUUUGUGCUGCAACUGAUGUGAUAGCUGGUUCUGGUAAAGGGGUUUCAGACGCUCCCCUGACUCUCCAUGUGAAGAAGGCUGGUGUUCCAGACAUUACCAUGGUUGAUCUCCCUGGAAUAACCAGAGUUCCAGUGAACGGACAGCCAGAAAAUAUCUAUGAGCAGAUAUCGGCUAUGAUCAUGAAGUACAUAGAGCCUCAAGAAUCCAUCAUUCUGAAUGUUCUGUCAGCAACCGUUGACUUCACGACCUGUGAGUCCAUUCGCAUGUCUAGACAAGUGGACAAAACCGGUGAACGGACUCUGGCUGUAGUCACAAAGGCAGACAUGGCUCCUGAAGGUCUUCUAGAGAAGGUGACAGCAGAUGAUGUAAGCAUCGGACUUGGUUAUGUCUGUGUGAGAAACCGCAUUGGAGAAGAGACAUAUGAAGAAGCUAGGAUGCAAGAAGAGUUACUCUUCAGGACUCAUCCAAUGCUAAGCUUGAUUGAUGAAGAUAUUGUGGGAAUCCCUGUGUUAGCUCAGAAGCUAAUGCAUAUCCAAGCAACAAUGAUCGCUAGAUGCUUGCCUGAGAUUGUCCGCAAGAUCAACAUGAAGAUGGAAAAUGCUGUGUUGGAGUUGAACAAGCUGCCAAUGGUGAUGGCUUCCACUGGGGAAGCAUUGAUGACACUGAUGGACAUCAUUACUUCUGCAAAAGAGUCUCUCCUGAAGAUUCUCAUCCAAGGAGACUUCUACGAGUUCCCUGAUGAGCCAAAGAUGCAUUCCACCGCUCGCUUGGCUGAAAUGCUGAGCCAGUUCUCAGACACUCUGCAAGCAAAGCCAGAAGAUGUUGUUACUGAGUUCUUAAUGGUUGAAAUCAAGAUUCUUGACGAAUGUAAAUGCGUUGGCUUGCCUAAUUUCAUACCAAGAUCAGCAUUCUUGGCUAUCCUCUCAGAACAUGUUGACGUCAUUCAUAUGAAGCCGGUUGAGUUCAUCAGGAAGAUAUGGGACUACAUUGAAGGUGUUCUCAUAUCAGUACUAUCCAAGUAUUCUGAAAACUUCCCACAGAUUCAAUCUUCCAUAAAAAGAGCUGGUCGCAGUCUAAUCACCAAGACCAAGGAGCAGGCUGUGAAUCGAGUUACUGAGAUGGUUGAGAUGGAGAAGUUGACUGAUUACACAUGUAACCCUGACUACAUGAAGACAUGGACAGAGAAGACAGCUACGCAGCAAAACUUCAUCCAUGCUGUGCUGAACGAUGUGAAGAAACCUGAGACAUUCUCACUCGCUGGACUUGGGGAAGUGAAGAUCUCGCAUCUGAGGAAGUACCACGCUCAUUUGCUGCAGCAGGCGUUCGACAUGAAGAUGAGGAUCACAUCGUACUGGACGAUUGUCUUGAGGCGGAUUGUGGACAACCUUGCUCUCUAUCUUCAGUUCUCGGUGAAGAAUCUGGUGAACACUCAGUUUCAGAAGGAGAUUGUGGCGGAAAUGGUGGAUCCUAGAGGUGGUGGAGGAGUUGAGAGGAUGAUGGAGGAGUCUCCGUCGGUGGCUAGCAAGAGGGAGAAGUUGAAGAAGAGUGUGAAGCUCUUGAAGGAGUCUAAGGACGUUGUGGCUGCCAUUGUGGACCAAACUUCUGGGUUUGGAGAUCGUUGAACAAGUUGGAUCUUUCUUGCUUGGCUAUGUUUAUGUUCUUUUGUGCGGUAACGCUAAGCUACUAAGCUUCUUGUUUAUGUUGUCUCUGUGUGAUAUCUUUUUGUUGUUGUUAGUUUGGUCAAAACUUUUGUUGCUGU